GGGAACUCAGCCGCGCCGGAAAGGAGAACUACAAUUCCCAUCCAUCCCUGCGCUCCCGGUCCUCAAGAUGGUGGCCCGCAAGAAGAAACCUGGAGCGUGCGGCCACGAGGGCAGCACACCGAGCCCACCCGGUUAUUCAGCCAUCCCAGUGAAGUUCUCAGAAAAGCAGCGGGCUUCUCAUUACCUCUACGUGAGACAGCACAGAGUUCGCCAAGACACCCAGUCCACGUGGCCUCCCAAUAGGACCCUUUUUAUCCUCAAUGUGCCCCCGUACUGCACAGAGGGGUGCCUGUCCCGACUCCUCUCUUCCUGUGGCACCGUCAAGACAGUAGAGUUGCAGGAGAAGCCUGACCUCGCCGAGACCCCCAAGGAGCCAAAGUCAAAGUAUUUUCACCAAAAGCCCGCUCAGGGCUUUCAGGUGGCUUAUGUGGUGUUCCAGAAGCCAAGUGGAGUGGCAGCUGCCUUGAAGCUGAAGGGCCCAUUGAUGCUUUCUACAGAGAGCCACCCUGUGAAGAGCGGAAUUCACAAGUGGAUCAGUGAUUAUGAAGAUUCAGUGCUCGACCCUGAGGCCCUGAGAAUCGAAGUAGACACAUUCAUGGAGGCCUAUGACAAGAAGAUGGCUGAGGAGGAGACUAAAGCCAAGGAGGAGGAAGGAGUCCCGGACGAGGAGGGCUGGGUGAAGGUGACCCGCCGGGGCCGCAGGCCUGUGCUCCCUCGGACAGAAGCGGCCAGCCUGCGCGUCCUCGAGAAGGAGAAGAGGAAGCGUGCCCGCAAGGAGCUGCUCAAUUUCUAUGCCUGGCAGCACCGGGAGUCCAAGAUGGAGCACCUCGCACAACUGCGUAAGAAGUUCGAGGAGGACAAGCAGAGGAUUGAACUGAUGCGCGCCCAACGCAAGUUCCGGCCCUACUGAGCUGUUGUGGCCGCCGGAGAGCAGGCCUGCUCCCUCACGGACCUGUUGUGUCCCACAGCUCCAUCUCUACACCCACACAGGCUGGAUGUGCAGGGCGGCAGCAGCAUUUGGCCUCCAGAGAGCUGCCCCUGCCUCCUCGUGCCAGUAAAGAUAUUCCUGGAAAACCUGACUGACCGUCUGCUCUGACUCUGUUGCCCUCCAUGAAGCCCCUGCAGGCAACAGCCAUUUGGAACGCAGUGAAGACAGAUUUAUUUCCACACAGGCUGGCAGCCAGGACAGGCUCCAGAGACCCAGCCCAGGCCCUGCACCAGCUCACUGCAGCUUCCCAAACACAAGCCCUGGGUUGCCGCCUGUCCCCUUCUCGAAGUCAGAUGUUAAAGGCCAGAAUCUUGUCUUCCCUUGCCCGCCACAGCUCUACCAUAGGAUUCUCCACCGCCUCCGAGCCCAGUGAGCCCCACCCCACCUAUUUUGUGGGAUGAGGGUGUUCGAAAGUGCAAACAGGCUCCCAGACCAGAGCUACAGCCGUGAGGAGGUCCCGGGUUGGCUCUGUAGGAAGGAGCUGAUGGCCCCAGACACGGUGUGGGGCUUGUUCAUGUGGACGUAGUGAUUGCCCGGCACUUCCACAAACUGGAACCGCUGGGAAAAGGGGGCAGCCGGUGAGAUGUUGCCCACUCAGGAGACAUUCUCAUAGCUGGCUGCUUCCAAGUGGGUGAGAGGCAACCUCUCCACACAGCAGCCUGGGGCCUUGGUAGCUGCCGCAGGGAUGUAGACGUCUGAGCUGUGUGGCUACAGUGCUGAACUGGGGCAGUCACAGGGAGCGGGCUGAAUAGCGGGCUGAAUAGCGGGCUGAAUAGCGGGCUGAAUAGCGGGCAGCACUGGGCUGUGUGCACAGGUUCCAAGCCUAGGUGGGUCUAAGUGGAAGGGCCAGCACCUUCAUAGGCCUCCCCCUGCCCUGGAGCCAUCACACCUGCCCAUGUGCUGGUUCCAGGAGCAGUGGAGGCAUGCAUGAGGCCGCUUUUAAGAGGUGUGCCCCACAAGUAAGCCUGGCCAGGGGUCAGGUGAGAACAAUAAAACGGGAGAUUCUGCCAAACAAA